UCACAUCUGAUUGGUUAAAAUUCAACCAUUUAUGCCACUCCUCUAUUUGCUGCCUGGUGUGUCAGCAUCCAUCUUGAAAGAGCGCAUCGAAGUUCACUGAGCCUCUUCCCCCGGCUUGUGGUAAUUCACAUCGUUUGCGGUCCUUAUUCCCUACAGAGACUUUUCAUCCUUUUGGCGGGAGAGCUUUUUUAAGUCAGCUCUAAACAAUUCUUGCAACCCCAAAAAGCAAAAAUGGCAAACGCUUGGCAAGCCUAUGUGGACCACAUGUUGAGCUCGGGUAUUCAGAUGGGCGGAAUCUACGGCCAGGACGGCAACGUGUGGGCCGCCUCGCCCCUGAUGAAGGCCACUCCCCAGGAAGUGGCGGCCAUUGUCAGCGGGCUGCGCUCCCAGAGCUUUGAGCAAGGGGUCCACAUCGGGGGCCAGAAGUACACGGUGAUCCGCUUCCAGAGCGACUCGGUGACGGCCAAGUGCCGCACAGCCCCCCAGGAGGACCAGAAGUAUCUGCUCCACGCCUGCCUGGGCAAGACGUGCGUGCUCAUUGGUGGGAUCUGCGGGCCGGCGGAGAGAGACUGCACCAAGAAAGUGGAGGACCUCAGGGACUACUUAGCUGGAAACAACAUUUAGCCUGCUCGCAAAUGAAGAAAUGAGGGGGGAAAAAAUAACGAAUUCGGUUGAAUCAUUGUGAUUUUGUUUUUUUAAAAAGACUGUAAUAUUUCUUUCCGGGGAAAAAACAUUUUUUUGUUUUUUUUUCUCCAAAUUCCAGCACUUGUAUAAAUUUGUCUGUUUCCCUGAUGGAGAAUGAAGGAUAAUGAUUUAGGCAAACAUUUUUAUUUUGUUUUGUUUUGUGUUUCUGUCAUCGCUGGAAGAGGUUUGUUUUGUUGGUUUUUUAUGUUCUGUCCGUUAGUUGCGUGUUGUGAAGAGUUACGUCGUCGUGUGUACGAACAAAUUUGAAUGUGUUGUUCACUUUCCCUGUCGUGAGCGCAGGCAGGGCCAUUCCGUGUGACAUGUGUAGUCAAGUAGCCGUGUUUUCACUGUUCUCCUUUCUUUCGUUGUGGUUUGAAAAAAAAAUUUGUUUUUAAUAAAGUAAGAUCAGGUUAGUUGCAAAUGAUUCAUACAUUCAUGGUGUCACAGAAUACGCAAGUUUCUGCUUUGUGGUGCUAAUUUGAGCUGCUGCUGCAUCAGUGGGUUGUUUUUUUCUCUCCCAAUGGCUGCUGUUUAUUUAUCUUUGUAAUUGUUAACAUUGUGGGAGAAGGGGAAAAACCCAACCCCUGAACAAACCGUCUUAUUUGGUGGAGGGGUGGGGGCAUAGGACAUUUUUUUAAUGGUGUGCAGCAUGAGUAUUUGGGAGAAUGUGCAAAUUUUAUUGGUUCAGUUGCAUUUGUGUUUGUUGUUUAAAUAGUUGGCUGUUGGAUCAAUCUAUCUGGGGGCGAAUGAUCGUGUUAGGAGUACCCUCAUUGUUCAUAUACGGUUUACAGAAUAAGUAUGUCAUCACACCCUCCCAUUUACGGUUAAAAGAAUAAGUAUGUCGUCAUACCCUCCCAUCUUUCAAAUUCUUUCCAUCCGGGCCUGUACAGGUAAAUGAGUCUAGACGUCUGUCCGUACUACUUAGCGUUCUUUUAGCUUCUGCGUCAAAUUCCAUUGGGCAGGGACGUUCCAUUAGCUCAGUUGGGAUCUUACUGGACUGUGGAGCGUUCAGUUCGGAGGUCCUGCCUCUUACAUCACCUAAAAGUGUUGAACAGGGUGUUAGACUGACACAGUUUUUCAGCUCCGAUGGACCUUCAAUGUUUCCUUGUAGUUAGCAGGGGCUCUUCAUGGCCAUAGAGAAGAUCUCUUUUCAUUGUUUUUGAUAUUUUUAAAUUGACACAAAAAUGAUCUAAAUCUUAUUGAUUGGGACAUAAAAACAGUUACAAUUGUGAUAUGCUGAUAUUGAAACAGGGCUGGAGAGAGUUUAGUGAGCAGUCGCUGAGCACUCCUCUGUAUUAGCGAAGGUCCUUGGCGCCACUGUUGGAUAAAAAGGCUUCCAGUCUUUGAACGUCCUUGUGUGUGUCCAGUUGCACUUUCUUCUCCUCUGAUGUUGCAAUAAAUAAUACAUGGACUUGUAAAUACUGCUGCUCGCAUCUCCCGUCUUCGGUGAUGAAGAAUGGCGUCUUCGGUGAUGAAGAAUGACGGUAAAAUGUUUUCCCCGCUAUUCAAAGUGGAAUCACUGGCGUCUGUGGUGUAGCGGUUAGACGCCUUGCUGUUGCACACACAAGUCCCUGAGUUUGAUUCGUGAGUAGGGAGAAAAGUUUUAUGGAGUGUCUUGGUUGUUCUGUUGUCUGUUGGUAUGUUCAAUCCCUCUCCUUUCUGCACAGGGUGGCCAUGACAGGCAGGAUUGGAAGCCCGCCUCCUAAACAACCUAAAUUGUGUCGAUGGGGACAUAAAAACACCUACAUUUAUUUCUAUAAAAUUACCCUUUUUUUUGUUGAUGAGUCAAAUAUAUGUGGUGUUUGCGGGAUGGGGGGGUUGGGGGGUGGUAAGGAUUGUAAUUCAACAAGUUUUUAUUACCAUGGUAGUAAGUAAUAUGCCAUUUGGCGUGUUGACUUCCAGCACCCGAGAACAUUCUAGAGACAUCCAUGAGAUUAUGUACUGAUGUUGUGGUAUUGUCGUUGCUCAGUGGUUGUGAUGCUGCAAAAAUACAUCUGUACAUGCCCAAGUCUCA